GCAAUUGUCCUCCACGCGGCUCUGUCCCCAGGUGGAAGGAUCAGUUCCGCAAAGGGGGCAGCGAGGUAUCUUUGGGCUAAAGAACUCAGCGCCCAGUGCUCCCGCUGAAGAUCUAAAGAGAAAGCCACUUUGCUGCCACCAUGCCUAACUUUUCUGGCAACUGGAAGAUCAUCCGAUCUGAAAACUUUGAGGAAUUGCUAAAAGCUCUGGGGGUGAAUGUGAUGCUGAGGAAGAUCGCAGUGGCUGCAGCGUCCAAGCCAGCUGUAGAAAUAAAGCAGGAGGGUGACACUUUCUACAUCAAAACUUCCACCACUGUGCGAACCACAGAGAUUAACUUCAAGAUUGGGGAGGAAUUUGAGGAGCAGACUGUGGAUGGGAGACCCUGUAAGAGUUUGGUAAAGUGGGAGAGUGAAAACAAAAUGGUGUGUGAGCAGAGACUUCUGAAGGGAGAGGGCCCCAAGACCUCCUGGACCAGAGAACUGACCAACGAUGGAGAGUUGAUCCUGACCAUGACAGCAGACGACAUUGUGUGCACCAGAGUCUAUGUUCGAGAGUGAGUGCCCAUUGAGUUCAAGAGCUUCCAGAGAUGCCAGAGACUUCUUCCCCUUCCACUAAAGGCCACUAACUUCCAUCCUGCAUCCAUCUUACAAGCUAGCUCUUCCCCUUACUCCCAAAGGUCACUACUUCCACCAGGGCCUUUUGUUCCUUGACCCCUCGGUUCCAGAGAUGGGCAGAUUACAAAAGCCCAGAAUCCCUUCCACCAUCAUUUGCCCUCCCCAGGUCAAAAGUGCCAGCUCCAUACCAGGGUCUCCCUGCCUGGAGGAGACGGUCUCUCUGGCCUCUACUCUUUUAUCCUUGUAGUCUGUGUGAUUUAGAAUAUUUAUUCGUUAAUUUUAUUAAAAUGUUUU